AGCUUCGCUGUGUGUGCUCGUGUAUUUAUUAUUAUUCACAUUUCGCUUUCUGCGUGUCCCACAGUCUAUUUGUCGUCCGCCCGUAGAGAGGAGCGCCACCAAACUACAGCGUCGCCGCACCGUGCGGAGCAUUUAUUACUAUUAUUAUUUUCCUUCUGCGCUUGUUCGCCUCUAAACCGCCGCUUCCCAUUUACUUUCACAUUCAUUGCUAUUCUUUGCAUCGACCUCCCCCCCAAAAAAAACGCACAGCCCAUUUGGACACAUUAGCUAGCCAACCUCAACCGACUGUUAUUCGCCCAUCCUUUCCUUCGUCUCUUCACUUUCUUUGUGUGUUCUCCCUCCUCAUACGUAGCUGCAUCUCCUGAUGCAUUUGUAUUUGGUGUAUUGUGUAUCCUUUUCCGUUGCUGUUCGGCUUGACGUGGCGCUCUCUUUCUUCCUAUAUAUAUAUAUUUGCACCACUUACACACACGGAUAGAAAUGACGUCGGCUGCCGCAAAGCGAGAGGAGAUUCAGCUGAAACUCCAGCUGCUGCGGGAGAGGCGGGAGCGCGAGCAGGCCGCCUUUGACGCGCUCGCCGCGGCGCACCCGGCGCUGUCCGCGACAGAGAUCGCGGCACUGGCGCAUCAGCAAGCUGAGGAGGCGGCGCCGCGGUGUCUUGUGGUGGACGGCAAAGAAAUCAGCAUCGGCGACACGGUGACGGUGAAGGACGAUGUUCACCUGCUACACCGCGCCGAUCGUGGCUACUUUGGGCCGGAUGUGCUGAAGCCGAUUUACUGCGGUGAGCGCGCGGAGGUGGUGCGGGUGAUAGAGUCGUUUCAAGGGAAGCCGGCCAUGGAGCUGCGCUUCGCCGACGGCGUGGCGAAGGUGUUCUUUACGGAGUGCAUCGAGACGGACGCCGGGAACGGUGGUCGGGCCGGUGGUGCCACCGCCGCCGCCACACGCACGGCGAACGCCAGCCACGUCGACCCUGCUGAGGUCCCUGUUUUUGUGCCGCCCACGACGGCGGCGCAGCCUUCGCCUAAGGCAGAGACGCUGCCGGGCUGGAGCCAACUUUCGAUGCCCCACCGCAAACCCGCCGACGGAGGCGCCUGCACCGCGGCGUGGCCUGUGGCACUGCCCCCACCACCUCCACCCACAGUAGCCGCCAUACGCACCGGCCAGCCCACGACCGGCGUUGCGAAGGCGAAGAACGACGCGUCAGCUGGUGCUGCUGCUGCGGCGGCGGCGCCCCGACAAAUGCCCCAAAUGAACGCGGCUCGUGGUAAAGCAUCACAGCCAACCGCACCAGCCGUUGCGGCCGCCGCCACCGGGAAGGGAGCGCCAGCGAAAGCCCGUCAAACGUUGCCCUCCGCCGCACGAGAAGCUGCAGCUCCCACUGCGCCUUCGUCGUCGUCGCUGUCUGCAGCUCCCGUUGCGAAUCCUCCCUCUGCGGCCGCCGCUUCCGCCGCGCGUAACGACGACGAUGACAUCGGUGGCCUUCGCUCCUCUUCAUUGCAGGUUGAAAAGGGGGGUGUGCCACAAGCCGCAGCGUCAACCAAGGCGGCAGACGAAGGAGAGCAAGAGAGAGAGGACGUGGUCAAUGCCACAGACCACCAGCUGCCCCGGGCGUGUGCGACGACGUACCAGGCCAAGUACGAAUUGCAAGACGGCACCUCACGCAUUCCACGACACCCGUCAAUCUCUACCCCAACCUCCGGCACGCGGACGUGCUGGGUGUGCGGCCUCGUCGCGGCAGACGCACCGCUGUCAGAGCCGGUGCGGGUAGCCUUCCAAUCACAGUGCACCACGAUGUUCUCCCUCUUCGCCGUCCUGACCCGCAAGCUGCAGUGGGACAAGCAGCAGCGCACGGCGUCGCGCCUCUUCACAGAGCAGGGCAAAGAAGUGAAGACGGCCAGCGCGGUGCAAGAUGGGAUGCGACUGGUGGCCACAGCCGGCUGCGCAUAUCAACCCGGGCCGGAUGCAGAUGCGUUCCGCUCCGUACCGGAGGCUCGUCCUUCUCUGGAUGUCCCACCCCGCUCGACCGCCUCUGCGAAGAAGUCCCAGGCACCUGCAGCGUCCUCCCCACCGAAGAAUACGCCGACGACUCCCCAGCGCCGUUCCGCACCGACCGCCGCCGCCGCUGCCAGCCCAAAGCAAAAGUCAGCUCCGUUGUCGCUGUCGGCUGCGUCGGCGCCCAACAAACCGAGGCACAUCCGCGUCUACGAGAACGGCCUCUACGACGACAACAUCUACCGCACCGUGACGGUACGUCCGACCUACAGGACGCUCGUCGCACUGAAGACAACCAUCACCCGCGAGCUGCAGUGGCGCGAUGGGAAGAAGGUGGAUCUCCUCUUUGACGCGUGCGGGGCGGAGAUUAGCGACCUCAACGAAAUCAGCGACGGCGAUGUCGUGGUGGCGUCGGCGGGGGACCGAUUUGUCAUACCGUUCCCGAACACGCCGAUGCACUUGGAGGCGAUGAAGCUGUCGGAGCGACUCGACCCUUCGCGAAGGUGCUAG